AUGAACAGGGGCGUGCGAAGAAAAGAAAAAUUCGUAGAAACCUCCGCGUCCUCCGUACCUUCGACACCCGAACCUGCAGGUUUAGACUGCACCGUCACGAGCGUAGACAAUGAGAGCGGCAGGGACUCUCCGGUGGACGUGUCGUCCACGUCAGAAUCCGGGACGGCUUCCACCGGAACCUCCGGAGGCAGGAGGUCUCCCGCGACGAGAAACCCUUUGCUGCAGGAACGGUGGACCAGCGAGGAGCUCAGAAACGUCACCUGUCACCUGGAAACGAAGGAUCUCUGGGACAAGUUCAACGAUUUGGGCACCGAGAUGAUCAUCACCAAAACCGGAAGAAACUAG